GCUUACGGCAGAUAUGACAAUCGCGGAUGCUGGAUUGGUAAAUGGGGCUAAAGUCAUGCUAAUAGCAACUCAUGGGAUGGAUGAUGAUGCUAUCACGCUUGCAGUGUCAAAGUUUACUUCCAUCUUGUCGCGGUUAGAUAAUGUGGCCGAAGAGAUCGGCAAAGCCGAUUCUUCUCUUGUCAGGGAUUCAACAGCCCACCUUGUAGAAGUACUUGAUGAAACGGAGAAGCACGUGGCAGCAGCAGCAGAACUGAAACAAAGACUGGAAACCCAGCAGUCUGAAUUGCGAAAGGCUGAGGAGGAGCUACACGAGAUCAAGUUGCAUGAGCAGUCGUUGCCUGACUUGCUCGCGAACCUGCAAAGCACUGUGAGAACGCUAGAGGACGAAGUUUCUAAGGAGUCCGCGGAGGCUGAAGAAGAGGCCAGAGUCACCAGAAAUCGCCUCGAAAGCUUGACGCUUGCUCUCGACACGUACUCGAAAGCGCUUGGCUUGCAGUAUGAGAACGGCGAAGGCACUUUGAAACUCGUAUUCGUUGGUCUAGAUGCGAACAAGCCUGAUCGCCAGUUUAUCCUUGCCCUCCAUGUGACAGAAAAUGGCAAGUAUGAGGUGGAUGACUGUUCGCCCCCAGUUGAUGGGCUCCAAGAGCUAGUGGACAUCGAACUGCAUUUUGCUGCCCCAUUUUCUAUCCGAAAGCCUGAGCUUCUUGGAAUGCUCCUUCUGACCUAUAUGCCUGUGCAGCAACUGGAAGAGCCUAUGGGGCUUGUUGGCUGGGUCCCCUUUGUUCCCUUUGUUAUGAUGCUGGCCAAUUUCGAAGACGUAAGAGCGUCAAGUACCCUGCCGAAGCCUGCAUUGAGGCCGGUGGUUAGGAAAGAGCCCACGAGGGUUCUUGUUAGCAAAUCACAGGCGGAGGCGCGUGCGGAGUCAUGGAGCAAGACCAAAAUUGUUUCGCUCAGAGAGAGUGGCUUAAAGGAAGUGCCGCAGGCUGUGUGGAAAAUUGGAGAUGGAGCCCGGGUCUUAGACCUGGGGAGUAAUCAUUUGCAAGAGCUUCCAGAAGAUGUAUCGCUGCUUCGUCAACUUGAGAGACUCAGAUUGACAAGAAACCGGUUGGCAAGCACUACAAUAGCAUGGACAGCACUAUGCAGCUUGAAGCAUUUGUCGAUUCUGGCGUUUGACCAUAACAACAUCGACUCAAUCUCACAGGAGAUUGGACGGCUGCAGAAGCUGCAGGUCCUCUCAAUCAGUCACAAUGGGCUGACAUCUAUCCCAGAGGAGAUUGGAAGCCUACUGGAGCUGAAGCAACUGGAUUUGUCCCAUAACAGGUACGAGUCUAAAAGCUCACAGGAGGCAAGGGAAGGGGGGGAGAGAGGGAUAUCACAAUCACAGGCAAGGGAAGCCAUACUCACCGCUAUCGUCGAAGUCCGGAGCCUUGAAGAUCAUAUCACUCAGAUCGCCGACGUCUUCGCAAAAUUGCGGACACUUCAGGAGGAUCUGACUGAGAUGACCGGCAAGGACGGUGACUUGAUGGCAGAGGUUGUUGCGCUGCGACAAGCCCAAGCGGCCAAUCCUCUUCCUCUACCCCCUGGUUCUGGAGCUGCAAUUGUAACUAACCUUGCCCCUCUUACCGUAUCUUCUUCUACUUCUUCCUUGAGUGUGAUGACAAACUCCUCGGGACCUGCAACAGGUGCAGAUUCUGUUGUUGUUGUAACAAGCAACGAGGCAGGAAAUUAUGCAACUGCUGCAGCACCAAGAUCUGAACCAGCAGGUGCUGGGCCCAGCCAUGCCAGUCCCUAUGUGGACCGAAAGGCGGUGCAAAUACCAUCUAAGUACGAUAGCAAAGAGGACAUUGAAUAUUGGAUCAGCUCCAUGAGGGCAUACUCCGAAGUUCUAGGGACUCAACCCGAGACCCAGUCCGUGAUCAUGGGAAUGAAUGUCGAGCCGGUUGUGCGGGGCUUCCUAGAAGUCCAAGCUACGCGAGUUGGGGUUCCCAAAAUAGAACUAACAAGGUGGCUUAAGGCCACCCCGGUUGCCUCCCUCGAGGAAACUCCUCAUUGCGCAAUAUAUGGAUCCACACGCGCAGUUACCACCAGCUUCACAAAUCGCCUAGGCAGGGACUUCAUUGGGUACACUGACUGGUUCACUCUGAUGAAGGACAUAGUCAGUCUCGAGGCAAUAGACCUUGUCUCCACAGCAGGCAGCAAAAAGCCCAUGGGCGGCAGGCGGGUCAAAGGCAGCAGCCGUUUUGCUGUGCAUGACCUGCUGGAGGCUGAAGAGGAGGACGAUGCAGAUGACCCCACUCUUGGUGACGACCAAGAACAGGACACUGAUAUAGCCUGUGGGUGCAAGGUCUUUUUCAAGAUCGAUCUCAAGUCUGGCUACCACCAGAUUGAAGUCGAUCCUACGGACCAGCACAAGACUGUGUUCAAAACACGCGAUGGGCUUUACGAGUUUACCGUAAUGCCCCUCGGUCUCACUAACGCACCGACCACCUUCCAAAGCCUCAUGGACAAGGUCCUCCGCGAACAGAUUGGUCGGUUCGUGGUGGUAUACCUCGAUGAUAUACUAAUCUUCAGCAAAUCCAUGGAGGAACACCUCAAGCACCUCAAGGAAGUGCUCGCUAUCCUCAAGAAGACGCAACUCCAUCUCAACCUAGAGAAAUUUGAGUUUGGGAAGGAUGGCGUCAUCUAUCUUGGGCAUCGGUUGUCUGCUGCAGGCCUAGAACCUGAGGCAACCAAGGUUGAGGUCAUACGCAAUUGGUCUUGGCCCGUGAACGUUCGCGAACUGCACUCUGUUCUUGAUCUCGCGUCAUACUAUCGAAAGUUUGUGCCCCGCUUCUCCAUUGUUGCCCGUCCAUUGUCAGGGUUGACAAGUAAAAAUGUUCCCUAUUCUUGGGACACCGCUUGCACGAACGCCUUUCGAGCUUUGAAAGAAGCCUUGACACUUCGGCAUGGCAAAGACGUACGCAAAUCUUCUGAGACUGUUUGAUUGGCCUGACAUGAAACGGACUGCUGAAAAGUUUGUGACUGAAUGUCAAGUCUGUCAACGAAUCAAACCAUGCAAACAAAAGCCCAUAGGGCUA